GUGUAGCUGCGGAGCCUCAGGUUGCAGACCCUUGUCCUGUCAUUCAUGAUUUUUUUUUUUUUAUGUUAACUUUCAUUUUUUAUUAAUUCAUUUUUCUACAUCUAAGGUUUUAUGAAUAUAACCUCUUCAGAUUUAAUUAAUAUUUUUGCAACUUUGUUAAAAUAUUUGGAAAAUAAAGGGUUAGUGUGAUCAUUUUCAAAGCUGGUGUUCUUUGUGAUGUUGGAGUAACUAAGUUCCUGUUUCCUGCUACACGCAGGGAAUCAUGAAAUAAUUAGAGAGAACACGUGUCUCAGUAAAAACACAAGCAGACCUAAAUCUGACAGUAAAAAAGCGUCAAGUCUGUGCGCCAUGAAGCAGAAAUGCAAGAAAAAAAUGUUGUCACCUUAAAGUUGGAUUACCCCAUCACUGAUUUAUGAAGAGAAAAUGUGACAUUAAAUGGGAUGGGGUGGGGGGGUUAGGUUCGUGCAUUCCCCCUCCCUCCUCCUCCUCCUCCUCCUCCUGCCCCAGCGCGCGCAUCCCCACCACCAACGUGCGCUGCUGUGCGUUCCGGAGGACGCGCGGCGGCAGAGGAGAGGAGAGGACAGUGCGCGCCCCUGGAUGAGAGAUGCUGAAGUCGCAGCCACUCCAGUCCAUGUUUUGCCCUGCCCUCGUCCGCUCGCAGACUCGCUGCAUCUCACACACAAACGCAGCGCAGCUGUGAAGAAGAAGAAGUUGUUGGAACAUCCACGCUCAUUUCUAAUUUCCUCCACGGAUUUCUGGGACUCUUUGGCUUUUUCCCCACAAACAGAAGAUGAAGUGGACGUGUCAGUAUCUGAAGUGAGGAGUGCAUUUUAUUCCUCCCCUCCAUUAUUUUUUAUUUUAUUUUUUUUGUUUUUUUUUUUAUUUUGACGCUUACUGGAGACAUCGUUUUGGAUUUCUUGAUUUGCGCUGGAGCUCGUGUUUCAGUGUGAGCCAAGCAUCAAGGAUCUGACUGAUGAAUGCGAUGUGGAGACUGCAGGUCGCCUUCUGUACUGUGUCGGUGCUUUCCCUGUCAUCUGCCGGAGAAAGCAAAGCGCGGAGCUGCAGCGAGGUUAGACAGGCGUACAAGGCGAAGGGCUUCAGCCUCCUCAAUGUACCUCUUCAGGAAAUAUCAGGUGAGCACCUUCGUGUCUGUCCUCAGGGAUACACCUGCUGCACUUCUGAGAUGGAAGAAAAGCUCAACCAGCAGAGCAAACUGGAGUUUGAGAGCAUGGUUGAGGAGAGCAGCCGUCAAAUGAGAACAACGUUUAUCUCUAGGCAUAAAAAGUUUGAUGAGUUCUUCCUGGAGCUACUGGACAACUCUGAGAAAUCACUGAACAGUAUGUUCACCAGGACGUACGGGAAGCUAUAUAUGCAGAACUCUGAGGUGUUUCAGGACCUGUUCACUGAGCUAAAGCGCUACUACACUGGAGGCAACGUCAACCUGGAGGAGAUGUUGAAUGACUUCUGGUCCAGGCUGCUGGAACGUAUGUUUCAGCUGCUCAACUCGCAGUACCACUUCACAGACGACUACCUGGAGUGCAUCGGUAAAAUCGCAGAUGUGCUCAAGCCUUUUGGAGAUGUGCCCAGGAGACUGAAGGUUCAGGUCACAAAGGCUUUCAUUGCUGCACGGACGUUUGUCCAGGGGCUAAUGGUGGGUCGGGAGGUGGCCAACAGGGUUGCUAAGGUGAACGUGGCUCCGGCGUGUGUCAGGGCCUUGACCAAGAUGUUGUACUGCCCGUACUGCCGCGGCAUGGCCGGCCUGAAGCCCUGUCACAACUACUGUCACAACGUUAUGAGGGGCUGUCUAGCAAACCAAGCAGACCUCGAUUCCGAAUGGAACCUUUUCAUCGAUGCCAUGUUGCUGGUUGCCAACAGACUGGAGGGGCCCGACAACAUUGAAGCUGUGAUAGAUCCUGUUGACAUCAAGAUCUCUGAGGCCAUCAUAACUAUGCAGGAAAACAGCAUGCAAGUGUCAGCAAAGGUUUUUCAAGAAUGUGGCCAACCUAAACCAUCAGGACUGAGCAGAUCCACACGAGGCAUCGACAUCUUGAGCAGCCGCUUUAGGCCCUACACCCCUGAACAGAGACCAACCUCAGCGGCUGGAACGAGCUUGGAGAGAAUGAGGGUUGUCUGGAGGACAAUGCAACAAAGUGUGAAUGAAAUCAAAGAAAGAUUGGAGGAGUCCAAGAGGUUCUGGUCCAAAUUGCCAGAUGACAUCUGUUCGGAAGAACUCACACAGCCUGACGAGGAGCAGUGCUGGAACAGCCACACGAAGGGCAGAUAUUUUCCUGAAGUGGUGAAGGAGGGUCUAACCAACCAGAUAAACAACCCCGAGGUGGAUGUAGAUAUCACCAGACCUGACACGCUGAUUCGGCAACAGAUCAUGGCUCUCCGUGUCAUGACCAACAAGCUGAAGAAUGCCUACAAUGGAAAUGACAUUUAUUUCCAAGACUCCAGUGACGAGGGCAGCAGCUCCGGCAGUGGCAGUGGGUGCACUGAUAGCUGCACCACAGAGUUAAUUUUUGUUGGAACAGAAGCUCCUGUGAUUGGAACUGACAGAAGCGACGAACGCGCUGCAGCCGCCGCUGCAGGCAAGUCUCUUUCUCGCGGACCCUCCACACUGCUGGUGAUGUCUGCCCUGACUCUCCUACUCUGGGCGACGCAGACUCAAUUGAGAUAAUACAGUGUGGACCGAUCAGUGACUCCUAUACUGUUCCCCGGCAGUAUGUUUAUCAGCAAGUUCCACUGCUGUUCCUUUGCUGGACAUGUACAACCUCCUGGAAACGUGUUGAUACUGGCUGACUGUGUGGUUUGGAAGUGAGUACAGAGCUGCAUCCUGCUUGUCGCCCAAAGAAUGGUCGGUGCCAUCAACGAACCAGCUUUCACACCUCUGAAAACACUUGUUUUUUUUUUCUUUUUAAUUAUGUUGGAUCAAGCUAAUAACCAUACGCUUGUCUUUUAACGAACAAAACGUAACUUUUUCGAGAAGGCCUAAUUAUCUUUUUCUUUAUGUGAUGAAGUGAAAAGAGGACAGUUUUGUAUCCCGUUAGAUUUCUCCCCCUCAGACAAAAAAGGAAGUUGUUCUGUGUGCAUGCAAGGAUGUGAUGUUAACAGACUAAAACUUUUUUUUUUUUUUAAUUCUUUUACAGCAGGCUGGUUAGCGGCAGACUGUACAGAGCCGGCGGUUUGUUUCCUGUAAGGGGUUGGGUCGUUGCAGCGUGGCUUCAGGAAGCAGCAGGUCUUACAGUCACUUUAUCGUUGCACAUUUAAUUAUCUCUGACAAGAGAACUAUUUUGCACAGAUUAUUUUUGUUGGCUUUCGUGUGUUUCUAAAGUCACUGGAAACAUUCACCGCAAAGAGGAAAUUAAAUCUAUUUUCAGAUCAUUUUACUGAUUGUAUCUUACUCACAGGCAAAUACAGGAUGCAGUUCACUGGAAGUACUGUAAUGUUAAUUUACUGGUUUUAGCAUCAGUAAUAUGGUUUUAUCAAAAUGUAAUUUUUUUUGUUUAGUUUUUUGUUUAAUGUUUUAUUAUUUAGCCAGAGUUGACCUGAAUGACAUGCUUUUAUUUAGGUACUUCACAUGCAUUUACAGAGAACGGAGGAGGUUAAUGUUAGAUAUAUGCAAAUUAAAAACAUAUUUCAUGUA